AGGGGGGAGUGAGCUGUCUGCGCGCAUGCGCGGCAGGCAGGAAGCCGGCCCCGUGGGGAGGGGGUUGCGCUGGCAUGGCGGAGGCGCGGCCCGGUGCAGGUGCUUUGAAUUUCAAUCCUGAUGCUGCUAAUUCCAUUCCAGGAGAAAGGCAACCUACAGAUGUAAACUGGGCCAACAAAGAUAGAAAAGAUUCCAACAGUAAUCUGAAUAGAAGUCAUUUACCAUUUCCUAGUCUGUCUUCUGAAAGAGGUACGGAGUAUGAAAGCUCUUCCACAAAGCAUCAUGGCAUUUGUAGUCCAGAAAGUCAGUAUGGGAAUCCUGAAGACUUUCACCGGUAUUUUGGUAAUAGUAAAAGUUUGAAGAACCGCAACUUGCAAAGCCAGAGAUGGCACAGAUCAAGAAAUGACAGCACAUGUACUAGAAGUAAGAUAAAGCCAAGUAUUGCUGAUGCUGCUGCAGGUCCGGGAGUUUCAGAUGCUGCGGUGGUACCGGGGAGAAGAGCACCUGCUAGAGGAUACAAUGACUUUGUCUCCUCAGAGAGUGACAGGGAAGUACCGAGUGCUGAUAGCAGGGGAGCAAAGCCAAAGAAAACACACCUGAUGCAUGUAUCUGGAAGAGGUUUCAGGGAGAAGGCGAAGCAAGUACAUGACCGGGAAAAGAGAGUAAGCUCUAAACAGAAAGUAGAGCUGUUUGAAAAUGUUCCAUCUUUGGAUUUGACUCAGUCUGACUCUUCAGAAUCAUCUGUUGGAAAAGCUUUCUGUGAUGCCCCUGUUGGUGGUGUGGAUGAGCAGAAAGGCUACAAUUACUCAAACAAAAGAUACCCCCGGAAACCUGUGUGGAAUAAACCCCCUGCAGAAAAAGAGUGUCAGAAAAGACAUGAUUCUCACCGUAGUAAAACUACAAAAGUAAGUAAGAAGUCGUCUCUUGCAUAUACUCCAAAAGAUAAAAAUGAAAGGAAGAAAGAACUGUCUGUUCACAGAAAUGAUGAAACCUUGACGAGUGAUAUCAGGCAUCAGUUGUCUGAUUCUGUCAGAUGUAAUGGAAGAAAGUUCCUUCUAAAGGGGGAUCAAGCACCUGCACUUCAUUUCAGCUGGACCCAGUACUGGAAAAAGCAAAGUGAUGUACCAAAAAACAAAGAAACUCAUACAGGGUCACUGAUUGAACAGCUGACCACAGAGAAGUACGAGUGCAUGGUAUGCUGCGAGGUGGUCCGAAUAGUAGCCCCAGUGUGGAGCUGCCAGAACUGCUACCAUGUAUUCCACCUGAACUGCAUUAAGAAGUGGGCACGAUCACCAGCUUCACAAGCUGAAGAUGGCAAUAGCGGUUGGAGAUGUCCAGCUUGUCAGAAUGCUUCCACGCAAGUUCCUAAAACUUACACUUGUUUCUGCGGUAAGGUGCACAAUCCUGAGUGGAAUAGAAACGAAAUCCCACAUAGCUGUGGGGAACUUUGUGGAAAAAAGAGACAGGGUUUGGACUGUCCACAUCUAUGUAACAUCCUGUGCCAUCCAGGACCUUGCCCUUCUUGCCCAGCCUUUGUGACAAAAACAUGUGAAUGUGGACAAACAAGUCAUUCAGUUCGCUGUGGCCAGUCAACAAAAAUCCAUUGUUCUAAUGUCUGUGGAAAUACUUUAAACUGUGGUAAGCACAGCUGUACUCAAGUGUGCCAUGCUGGAAAAUGUUCACCUUGCCAAUUAACGGUACAACAAGUGUGUUACUGUGGAAACAACUUUAAGGACGUAUUGUGUGGGACGAAGGAAGAGUUCUCUGAUGGAUUUGGGAAUUUCUCAUGUCAGAAUAUAUGUGGCAAAAAACUAAAUUGUGGGAGGCACAAUUGCACACAAGUGUGCCAUCCUCAGCCUUGCCAACUCUGUCCACGGCUUCCACAAGUAGUGUAUCGCUGUCCCUGCGGUCAGACUCCUCUCAGCAAGUUACUGGAACUAGGAUGUGUUGAACGUAAAAUCUGCACAGACCCUAUCCCCUCAUGUGGAAAAACAUGUGGCAAACCUCUUCCUUGUGGUAGCUAUGAGUUCAUUCACACGUGUGAAAGCCUUUGCCAUGAAGGAGAGUGUAGACCUUGUUCUCGCACAUCAAAUAUUUAUUGUAGGUGUGGCUUCAAAAAGAAGGAAGUCCCAUGUGCUCUGCUGAGAAAUAAAGCUGCUAUUACGUUCAUGUGUGACAAGCGAUGCAACAAGAAAAGGUCAUGUGGCCGACACAAGUGUAAUGAAGUUUGCUGUGUGGACACAGAACAUAAGUGUUCUUUGGUUUGUGGUCGUAAACUCAACUGUGGGCUUCAUAGAUGUGAAGAACCUUGUCAUCGGGGCAGUUGUCAAACAUGCUGGCAAACGAGUUUUGAUGAGUUAACUUGUUAUUGUGGAGAAUCUGUGAUUUACCCCCCUGUCCCCUGUGGCACUCAGCCACCAGAGUGUAAAAAAACAUGCACCAGGCCACACGACUGUGAUCACCCAGUGUACCAUUCAUGUCAUAGUGAGGAGAAGUGUCCACCCUGUACCUAUCUCACUCAGAAGUGGUGUAUGGGCAAGCAUGAACUGCGCAGUAAUAUUCCAUGUCAUCUCACUGACAUUUCGUGUGGCCUUCGCUGCAAUCAAAUGUUAAAAUGCGGAAUGCACAAAUGUAAAAGAAUCUGUCAUAAAGGAGAAUGCCUUAUAGAUGAAGAGUGUAGACAGCCGUGUAUUAUUCCAAGGCUAUAUUGUAAUCAUCCCUGUAUGGCUCCGUGUCAUCCGUCUUCACCCUGCCCGACAACAUCCUGCUCUGCAAAGGUUGAUCUUCAGUGUGAAUGUGGAAGAAGAAAGGAGAGUAUGAUUUGCUCAGAAGCCUCUAGUACAUAUCAAAGAAUAGCUGCUAUUUCUAUAGCCACUAAGUUAACAGAUCUACAGCUUGGAGAUUCAGUGGAAAUCAGCAGGCUUAUUACGAAAAAAGAAAUGAAGCAGGCCAGGUUGCAAUGUGAUGAAGAGUGCUUAGCUCUGCAGAGAAACAGGCGUCUUGCUGAGGCUCUUGAAAUAGAUGAUAAUUCGGAUCCUUUUAAUAUCCGUUCUCCUGGACCAAAGUACAGUGAACUUCUAAAAGAAGAUGCAAGGAAGGAUUUGAAGUUUGUCAGUGACGUUGAGAAGGAAAUGAGAAUGCUUGUGGAAGCUGUGAAUAAGGGCAAGCAUACAAAGAAGAGCCAUUGUUACCCACCAAUGAACAGAGAUCACCGCAGAAUCAUCCAUGAAUUAGCUCAGGUUUAUGGCAUCGAAAGCGUGAGCUACGACAACGAACCAAAGCGCAAUGUUGUUAUCACUGCAGUGAAAGGGAAAUCCUUUUGUCCAAGCAAUACCUUAACUUCUGUGCUAGAUAAAGAAAUGCAGAGCAGGCCUCUGGCUCCACCUCCUAUUCCUCAUUACAAACAAACAGAUAAGACUACUGGAGACAGUGGUUUAUCCAAACCGUUAAAAGAAGAGCCGAUAAUUGACUACUUUGAUGUCCAGGACUGAAUUGGUUGAUGUAGAAUUACGCUGUAGAAGCUUAGAGGUGAAGACACUAAGUUAUUGUAUGAGGCGCUUUUUGGUUUAUCUGUCAAAUGAUCAGUUGUUCAGAAUAUUCAUGAUUAUACAUCUGAAGUUAGGUUGAUUGUGAUAUUUUACAAUGUUCUGCAUUUUUACAGUUUAUGUAACUGCAUAAUACCUAACAGUAGUACAGCUUUUUAAACCUGGGUUUGGUGCAAUUUUCUAUCUUAAUGUGCUGUCAGAGUGGUGCAGAUUUCCAUUGAUGCCUUUAAAGUGAGAGAACUGGUAACCAAAUACAUUUUUGGGAGUGGAAAGAACAACGGUAAAUCUCAAAAGAUUUAUUUUGACUUAUGUCACACAGCUUAAAAUGGACCAGAAAUAAUCUGUGUUAAAAACACUGGUGGGAAUACUCUUAACGUGUUAUCUUAUUAAUUCACUUUUGUGUUAAUGUGGUAAAUUUGGGAAUGUUAGUUACUUUCCUGUAUGGAAGGAAAUACAAAGUUUAGUCUAGGUAUGAAUACAUUACACUAAACGCUCAUUAAGUGCUCAGACUUCUUUGGUAUCUAAAGAUCCAGGACUUGGGAAAGGUGAGGAAUUAAGUCUUGUUUUGCUUUAUCUCAAAAAUCAAACCAACUCACCAUCAUUCCCUCUUACCCCCGAAAAAACCCCAACACAAGAAAACUGUUAAUACUUAGUUAUUCAAGAUCUUGAACAAAAUCAUGCUUUAUAUGUUCUUUUGAUGUUCUAUCUGGUUUGAUUUGUAUUUAGAUAUGUUAACUUGAUGGUCUUUGGGGUUUUUUUGCAUGGUUUUACUGGGGCUUUAUAUUUUUUUCUAUACUGUGCAAGCUUAAGGUGAAUGUGUGAAGUUUGCUUUAAGUAUGUUAUGGAUUUGGAACAGUAUUUGUAAAAAUUUACAAGACCAUUUGUCUUCAGCUGUUUGAAGAUUUGGCAACAGAAGAUUUUUGUUUUAUGGGAAAUGCCAUAAACAAAAGUGGAUGAUGGUUUGAACAGUGAAAGACACCAGAGUGGUCUCCUAGAUCGUCAGUUGUUUACAAAUGAUAAGGUAGCUCUCUGGGAGAGGAGAUCAUAGGUCUGGUCAGAAGAGGGGACUCAGCUCUCAGUUUGAGAAGUAUCUGUUCACUUAAGGGGUUUUGAAUUGACAUUGAUGCAGUCUGUUUCUUGUUCCUUGUGGCUGGCUACAUGUAGCACUGGAGGCGAGUCCCCUGUGCAGCAUCAGAGGGUGCUGCUAAAAGGGGCUUAACGUAACGAAGAAACAGAUUUAACAGAAGACCUGUCAUCUGUUGUUUAUUUUUCAGCUAGUUUACUACAGUGUGUGGGAUCUGUUGCUGAGAAAAUGGGAAGGCAGUUAUCCAUGCUUAGAUUCCUUUAUAGUUAUCACACGACCCUGAGCCUUAACUGUGAAGCGUUCUGUGGCUACGUUUCAUCUUGAACAGCUUGUGAAACAUGAAAGAAUGAGCAGCAAAAUCACAGACUGUAUCUGUCCCCAGAAUGUUUUGGAAAUUAAAAUGCAUGCUGUAACUGCCUUUUUUUGUUGGAGCUUUUUAUUUCACAUGCAGAAAACAGGCAGUCUUAAAUGUUUCUGAGUAUUUGAAAUGCAUAUACUUCAGGUAAAGAACUUACCAGAAGGAUUUUCAACCCUUAAGAGUUUCAUUUAAAUGUAGUGGUUUAAAUGGGUUUGACCUUUUUUUGUGAACAGGAAUGAAAAAUAAACUAGCAUAGCUUAUAUUGCCCUUAAAUUCUUGAGCAAAUUAAUGUCUGGUUCUACAAAGCGCACUGCUUUGCUAAGUUCAGCUGAAGAAAUUAAGUUGCUCAGCAUCUUUCCAGGAAUGUUUCCUCAGUCCCUUCCUUGUGAGGACUGUUUCUCUAGUGUUUGCAGACAAGAGCCAGCUCAGGAUGGCCAGAAAAAGGCUAAUUCUGAUUUUGAAACUCAGAGCUACGUUAACAUAGGACUGUUUUCAAGCUAGUUUGAUCUGUUAGGAAGAAUGUAGAUAGUUACACUGCAGAGGUCGUUCUAGACAGGAGCUGGUGCAGUUGGUAUCCCACAGGUAGGCCUAACAUUAGAGAAAACCAAAGUGAUUUAGUUGGUAAUAAAUAGAAUAAAGCUGAAGCCUAUAAACUUUUCACACAGCUUCACAUAGCUAAAACUUGACAUUUGUACCUGUGAUUUGAAGUUUAAAACUUAAAAUGUUUUAAUAGCAUUAUAUUUAGCUCUGCUCCUUGGGAUUUUAUCAUAUGAUGGCUUUAACAUAAAUAUGUGAACCUCGGUGAGGUGCACUUAAGCAGUCACAUAUUCUGCCACUGCUUUUGAUCAGAAAACCCAGGUAAUCUUCAGCUUCUCAAGAUGAGACUAACAGUUAUUACCGAAUCUGUUCAUACUGAGAAAUCAUAAUUCUUACCACUAAGCCUUUAAACUACAUGAAUUUUACAAUAUUUUUAUAAAUCUCUGUUAAACAUCUCUGAAUCAUGUCUGUUGGAGCAUAUCUGUAGAUAUGAAGCAAGUCACAUGUAUAGAAACCUUUAUUUUGAAGUACGUUUUAAUAACUUGAUUUAAAACAUGAUACCAUCCAUUUACCUAGGAAAGUAAAGCCAAAAAGGAAGUGUUGAUGUCUUUCCUCCCAGUACGCAGUUACAUAGCCUUAAGAAGGAACUCAGCGAAGUUUAACGGUGGUGCUGUCCUCUCUGUUCUGGUUUGCUUUUGCUGCGGUGUAUCUGUGAGUACUAAAGGCUGUAGUUUUGAUAUUUGUGGUAACUCAUCUUCGUAUUGCACGUGUGCCUCAUGGAAGUAUUUUUCAAAUAGCUAUUUUGUAAAUCUGAGCUGGCCUUUACACCUUUUAUCUAACAGAAAAAUGAGUGGAUAAAAGAUACCUUUGCAUCAGUAAAGUCAGUGGCAAAAAUCCUGUUGACAUCACCAGAAACAAGCCUCCAGCUUCGAUAUGCGUGUCACUUUUCCACAGCCCUAAGAAUAAUACUGUUUCUUGUACAUUUAUCUGAAAGAAGUACUCUGCAAUAAGCAUCUUUGGAAACAAAUUACGUGAUGUCAGUUGGAAUUCAUGCAACUUCAUGAAGUGCUUUUAAAAUGGUGUAUAAAAUAGGCAGAUCCUUUGGCAUUUGGGCUGUGCUGUUGCCUAUCUAUAUUGUUUAACAUGUUUAAAGUGCUCUGAAUAUUCAGUGCUUGGGUUUAACCUAACAUUGUGUAAGAUGCUUAAGUAGUCUUCAAUACCACUGUUUCUGUGGCAGUUUUGUACAGUAUCUGCCGCAUAAUGAAAUGAGCAAAGUAAAAUUGUUCUAAACCACUUAUUUGUUGGAAGUUUUAUAUUUGACUUGAUUUUUUUUUUCCUUUCAAAUGACUGGUAUAAAAUUUCUUUAUAAACGUGAAAUAAUUCCAGGUUGAAAGUGCAGUGCUUUGGGAGUUGUUUGGAAGCUUAGUCUUUUGGCGUUCCAAAGUCGGAAGACUGAGAUAUGACAGAGAAAGAAGUAAAGAUGUAAAUGGAAGUCCAGGAAGUCCUUUUCCUCAAAUGAAGUGUGAUUUCCUGGAUUUGAAGUGAUUUUCAAAUUAAUGCUGUGAGAAGAAUGAAGCAUUUCUCCUUGGGAAAUGGAGAGUAAGGAUUAUCUGCUACCUUCUUCGAAUUCAGAAGUACAGGAGAAGUGAUUAUCUGAAUAGAAGUGUACAUUUUGAUUAUCUGAAAAACCCUUUGCUAUGUCAGCCUAAAUGCUACUUGGCAAUAAAAUGUAUGAUUUUAA